AUGGAAAAAAUUUCAGUAACCAACUUAGAGACAUCUUUCAAGAAGUGCACUAUCGAAUGUUAUUCAUCAUCGUCGUCGUCGUUACCAAAAAUAAGACUCGCACCACAGCUACGACAAGAUCUAUACAAAAAAUUUGAAUCAAUACUUGAUUCGUACGAUGCACCUCAGAAAUCAAUCGAAAAAUUAGAAUCUUGGCUAAAAGAAAAGAAUUUGAAAUCUGAACAGCUUUUUUCCAUGCUUUCUGCCGGAUAUUCUACUGAAAAUACAAAUAUUCCUUAUUCAGCGAUGAUUCUAGGAUUCAUGUAUGAGCAUGGAAUAGGAACAGAGAAAAAUUUGGCGCUUGCAUUUAAAUAUUACAAGGUAUGGUACGACGCUGCAAUUUCACUGCCGUCUUCUUCCGUAGCAUCAUCAUCACAUGCACUUAAUAUCAUGGGAAUUUUUUAUCGUGACGGAAUUGGAAUUGACCGAGAUCCGCGGAUGGCAUUUGAAUUAUUUCAAAAAGGGGCCGCGCUGGAACAUCUAGCUGCUCAGUAUCAUUUGUCAUUAUGUUUUCGUGAUGGAAUUGGAACGACUGUUGAUUUCCCGAGCCAUUCUUAUUGGCUCUAUAAAGCCGCUACAUCGGGUUAUACACCUGCGCAGCUUCAACUUGCCAAUUUUCUUCGCGAUGAUGUUAAGGAUUCUAAUCAUAAAGAGGCUGCAUACACUCAUUUCUUAACUGCUGCUGUUUCCGGCUCAAAAGAAGCUGCACUCUACCUCGCGGACGCAUAUCAAGACGGUCUAGGUACGAAGCGCGACGAGGCAUCCUCAUUACGAUGGUACAAAGUUGCCGCAAAGAAUGGAAAUUUGACGGCACUCAAUAAACUGGGACAUGCUUAUCACAGAGGGAGUGGUGUGAAGCGGAAUCAUUAUAAGGCGUUUCGUUAUUUUGUGCAAUAUUCGGAGAGAGCAGAGCGUGAAGAAGAGGACAUGACGAAUAUUGGGAUUUCGCAGUAUGUGCUUGGAAAUUGUUAUCAUUAUGGAUGGGGAGUCACGAAGGAUUUGCAUAUGGCUUCAAAGUGGUAUCGGAAAGCUAUUGAUAAUGGAAAUAGAAAUGCUAGAGUUCAGUUCUUGUUGUAUUUUAUGGAUUCAGGAAAAAAGUAG